UGUGGACUUAUUGUUUUAUUUACACAAGUCACGUGUCCGUUUAUACCUGAUAUAGAUCUUACAUAACCCUUUCAAUCAAAAUGAAAGUAGAAUCCCGUCGUAUCUAUUUUAAACAAAAGAAAUUCCUACAGGACCCGGAAGCAAAGUCUACCGCGGAAGAGUUAGAAGACGUAAGCUUUCAAAUUCCUGAUUGAUUCAUUGAAUUUCUUGAUGUGGAGUAAACCACGGAACAUUUCUGUACAAACUCCUAUGAAAGGCUUAGUGAGGUGCGCUUCAUAGAAUGAAGAAAGAACAAAUUCAUGUCUUCCGUUUUCACUUUGUUUUCUGACUACACCAACUAAAAAAAUCAGUUAACACACUCGCAUAUUAUCCAGACUGAGUAAGAUUGAUGUCAUUAACCAAUGUGAUGGCCUACCCACGACAUCAAAACGAGGCUUCCUCACCCCCGAUGACCUUUUCUCGUUUUAUAAAAGAAACAGCAGAACGAAUACUAAGGAGAACGGAAGUGAUGACGGUAUCUGGAUUGUCAACGGCAAUCAAAAACGACCAAAGCUGUAAAUACCUUCAGCUGAAACCUUUAACUCUUCAAAAGAUCAUACAGGAAUUCCCAGAAUCCUUCAGUAUCCGAGGGUCACAUGAAGAUCCGGAUGUCUCUCUGCGUCUAGCCAUUGAUGUAUGCGACAACAUGAGGAACUGUCCGGGCUUUCCUGGCUGCAAGAAUCUUCACAUUUGUAAAUACUUCAUGUUAGACAACUGUAUUCAUACGAAGAGAAGAACCAGAAAUCCGUGUCCGUAUCCACAUUCCCUGGCCUCCAAACACAACAAGAAAGUCCUACAGUAUCACCAUAUGCUGUACCUAGAAGUGCAUACCAUACAAAAAAUGAUGCAGACUGAAGCCAAGGCGCGGGAACACACCAUGAGGGAAAACGCCCCGUUAAAGCUCUGCUAUUAUUACAACCGCCGUGUCUGCGAGAGAGAUAACUGUCCAUUCAUACACCUUUGUGAGUUCUUUGUUAAGGGCACAUGCAAAUUUGGAAGAAGAUGCAAAAAGAACCACGAUGUUUCUUCACGCGACGUUCAAGAAAUCCUCCUUGAAAACGACAUUGAUGUGGAUGGUAACGAAGACGAUAUUUUGGAGAACCUUCGAACAGAACUAUAUGGAAGAGAGGAGGAGGAGGAAGAGGAAUACUCAGAGGAGGAAGACCGGGCAGUGGAAGUACAGCCCCUGUCAUCGCUACCACGAAGGUAUGAGUCUACAUCCACAGGCAAUAUUACAAGUUUCUACCCCAACAUGAACGUUCACGAGAAUAAUGUUAAAUUACCAGCUAUACUAUUUAUACUAAUCUUUAAACUGUGAAUGCAGAUGUUUGAAUGCAAUAUUUAUGUGUUAUAUUUACGUACCAAAGCAAACUAACUUAACUUUGGUACCAAUUUUUAAAAAAAAAAUUCGACGAAGGGUUUCAGUUAAACUCACAAACGAAGGCUAGCUAAUUAUUUUUACAAGAAAUUCACAGCAUCACGAAUAGCUUGACCUAGUGAUUAAACGUACAUUUAUAUAAAACACGCUUCUUGAAAAUGUCGACGACAGAAUAGAUACACUCAUCCUUCAACGAUUGCUUACAACUUGGAUAAAACAAUCACAAAAUACUGUGGGUCACUGCCAAUGUGUAAUAAGUAAUAGAUAUAACCAUUGUAAAACUUCACUGGACUAUUAAGUGAGGCGAUACAUGAACAAAAAUCUACUAUGAAACCUUCGGGCUUCACAGUAUUUGAUCAUCUGACUGCCUCACUUUAUAUCCAGUAAACGUUUUUUUUCUACAUCUGGCGUCCUCCGUCUGUAUGUCCGGAUCUUGUUGGCAGGAUACAGACCGAACCGUAAACUCCAGGAUUUUACAACUUGGUACAUUUGAUCACCAUGAUAAGAGGAAGAUAGCUAUUGUUUUUCAAGGUCAAGGUCGUAGUACCACUUAGCGGGAAACCCUUGUGGGCAGGAUACAAACCCAACCGUAAGCUCCAGGAUAUUUUAACUUGGUAUAUUUGAUAACCAUGAUGAGAGAAAGAUGCCUUUUGUUUUUCAAGGUCAGAAGUCCAAGGUCAUAGUAUUAUUUAGUAGGAAAUCCUUGUAGGCAGGAUAAAAACCCAACUGUAAGCUCCAGAAUAUUGCAACUUUGUACAUUUUCUCCCCAUGAUGACAGGAAGAUGUCUUUUGUUUUUCGAGGUCUGAAGUCAAAGAUCAAGGUCGGAGUAUUAUUUACAUGUAGUAGUAAAACCUGUAGGCAGAAUACAAACCCAACCGUAAGCUCCAGGAUAUUGCAACUUGGUACACUCGAUCACCAUGAUGAGAGGAAGAUGCCUAUUGUUAUUCAAGGUUAUAGGUCAAAGGUCAAGGUCACAGUAUCACUUAAUUGGAAAACCUUGUAGGCAGGAUACAAACCGAACCUUCAGCUCCAGGAUAUUGAAACUUGGUACAUUUGAUCACUAUGAUGAGAGGAAGAUGCCUAUUAUUUCAAAGGCCAAGGUCAUAUUAUCACUUAGUAGGAAAACCUUGUAGGCAGUAUACAAACCGAACUGUUGGGACUAGGACCGUCAAACUUUGUACAUAUACACUUUAUGCCAAGUGGAGGAUACCGAUUGUCUCUUAAGGUCAAAGGUCAAGGUCGUAGUAGCAGGAUACAAACCGAUUCGUUGGGGCAAGGACCAAUAAACUUGGUACACAUGCGUCUUAUGCCAAAUGAAAAUAUUACAUAGAGAGUACAUGAUUUGUCUUGUUUUUUCGAUGCAAAGAAAGUAGGUCACACCCUGAUGAUUGCUGAUACUACUUGAAGGCAAGUUCUACAAAUCAUGGUGUAAGAAAAACGCCCUAUAUUAGCUUUUCACGGGCGUAUUAUGUACCGUUGGCGGUACUCUUGUUUAAAUAUGGAGAUGCUUACUCCUUACUCCUCUUAGGCACCUGAUUCCACCUCUGGUGUGACCAGGGGUGCGUGUUUGUCCAACUAUCUGUUUUGUAUUGCUAAUAAGAUUUAUGAGAUUGAUCACUGUUCGUUAUCUUCACAAUUCAUUUAUUUCUUAAUGAGAACUAAAGUCUAAUGGUGAUGUUAAUUAUGUCAUAUUUAGACAUGACGUCAUGUAAAUACAUGUACAUGUUUCACUAUAGGGUUAUAAAGAAAUUAACAUGCAAGGAUUUGAUGCAAUAUACCGAUAUUUUUCAAGUAUCAUUUGAAUUUUCUGUAAUAAUUGAAUACAAGAAAACCCUACUACUUGAAUAGAUUGGUAGAUAUGUAUCCAUUUAAUGAUAUCGAUAUCGUAAAAUGUGAUCUGCGGAAAGUCCUGAUAUGGUAAGUAAAACAAAUUGCCAGAAAUUGAUAUUACAAUCUGGAUACUGAUGCCUGUACAUCACAUGAUAUUACAAUCUGUAUACUGAAACCUGUACAUCACAUGAUAUUACAAUCUGAAUACUGAUGCCUGUACAUCACAUGAUAUUACAAUCUGUAUACUGAUACCUGUACAUCACAUGAUAUUACAAUCUGUAUACUGAAGCCUGUACAUCACAUGAUAUUACAAUCUGGAUACUGAUGCCUGUACAUCACAUGAUAUUACAAUCUGUAUACUGAUACCUGUACAUCACAUGAUAUUACAAUCUGUAUACUGAAGCCUGUACAUCACAUGAUAUUACAAUCUGUAUACUGAAACCUGUACAUCACAUGAUAUUACAAUCUGUAUACUGAUACCUGUACAUCACAUGAUAUUACAAUCUGUAUACUGAUACCUGUACAUCACAUGAUAUUACAAUCUGUAUACUGAUACCUGUACAUCACAUGAUAUUACAAUCUGAAUACUGAUGCCUGUACAUCACAUGAUAUUACAAUCUGGAUACUGAUGCCUGUACAUCACAUGAUAUUACAAUCUGUAUACUGAUACCUGUACAUCACAUGAUAUUACAAUCUGUAUACUGAUACCUGUACAUCACAUGAUAUUACAAUCUGGAUACUGAUGCCUGUACAUCACAUGAUAUUACAAUCUGUAUACUGAUACCUGUACAUCACAUGAUAUUACAAUCUGAAUACUGAUGCCCGUACAUCACAUGAUAUUACAAUCUGUAUACUGAAACCUGUACAUCACAUGAAUUACAAUCUGUAUACUGAUACCUGUACAUCACAUGAUAUUACAAUCUGAAUACUGAUACCUGUACAUCACAUGAUAUUACAAUCUGGAUACUGAUGCCUGUACAUCACAUGAUAUUACAAUCUGUAUACUGAUACCUGUACAUCACAUGAUAUUACAAUCUGAAUACUGAUGCCCGUACAUCACAUGAUAUUACAAUCUGUAUACUGAAACCUGUACAUCACAUGAAUUACAAUCUGUAUACUGAUACCUGUACAUCACAUGAUAUUACAAUCUGAAUACUGAUACCUGUACAUCACAUGAUAUUACAAUCUGGAUACUGAUGCCUGUACAUCACAUGAUAUUACAAUCUGUAUACUGAUACCUGUACAUCACAUGAAUUACAAUCUGAAUACUGAUACCUGUACAUCACAUGAUAUUACAAUCUGAAUACUGAUGCCUGUACAUCACAUGAUAUUACAAUCUGGAUACUGAUGCCUGUACAUCACAACUACUGAUUAUAUAAUUAUUA